UGAGGCGGAGCCAAUGGGAGAGCGGCCCUGGGCUUGAAGGAGACAGGCUUCGGCGUUUGGAGGGAGCGCACCGGCGGCAAUGGUGCGCAUCUGCCGCUUCCACCUGCUGCUCCUGCAGCGCAAGAAGAGCCCCUGGCUGCUCUCGGCCCCGCGAUGCCGCCAACGCUCGGAGUCCCGCCCGGACAGCUCUGGUGGGCAGCGGGGUCUGGCGAAGAAGAUCUUCCUGGGAGUGGCGGUGGGGCUCCCCUUGGCGGCCGGGAUCCGCUACGCCACGGCCGAGAAGCAGGAACAGCGCAAAAUGAGGCUGCUGGUGGAUGGCGUCGGCCGCUUCACCAGGUCACUGCGUUUUGGGAUCCAGAUCUCGCUGGAUUAUUGGUGGACCCAUCACAUCUCAUUGCGGGGCCUGGAUGAGAACAGCCCCGAAUACCAGGCGCUCCUCUCCGGCUGCCACGAGCGCUCGGCCGACUGCAUCGUCUCGGGCGCCAUCCAGAACGGGGGCCUCUACGUCAAGCUGGGCCAGGGCCUCUGCGCCUUCAACCACCUCCUGCCCCCCGAGUACAUCACCCGCCUGCGCAUCCUGGAGGACAAGGCCCUCAAGCGCGGGAACACCGAGGUGGACGACCUCUUCCUGGAGGACUUCAACGCCCGGGCCGACCAGCUCUUCCUGGAGUUUGACUACCAGCCCAUGGCCGCCGCCAGCCUGGCCAGAGUCCACCGCGCACGCCUCCAGGACGGGACUCCCGUCGCCGUCAAGGUGCAGUACAUCGACCUCCGGGACCGCUUUGACGGCGACAUCCGCACCUUGGAGCUCCUGCUGCAGAUUGUGGAGCUGAUGCACCCCAGUUUUGGGUUCAGCUGGGUCCUGAAGGACCUGAAGGGGACGCUGGCUCAGGAGCUGGACUUUGAGAACGAGGGCCGCAACUCGGAGCGCUGUGCCCGCGAACUGGCGCACUUUCCCUUCGUGGUGGUCCCCCGCGUCCAUUGGGACAAGAGCAGCAAGCGGGUCCUGACAGCCGACUUCUACGAAGGCUGCAAGAUCAACGAUGUGGAAGGGAUCCAGAUCCAAGGCCUGCAGCCCAAGGACGCGGCAGACAAAUUGAUUCGAACCUUUGCGGAGCAGAUCUUCCUCACAGGCUUCAUCCAUGCCGAUCCCCACCCUGGAAAUGUCUUGGUGCAAAAGGGUCCGGAUGGGAAGGCGCAGCUCAUCCUCCUCGAUCACGGCCUCUACGAAUUCCUGCACGAGAGGGAACGGGAAGCCCUUUGCAAGCUGUGGAGGGCCAUCAUCCUCCGAGACAAUGUCAAGAUGGAGCAUUACUCCAAGCAACUGGGAGUGAAAGGCGAGGACUACUUCCUCUUCUGCGAGAUCCUGCUGCAGCGGCCCAUCAACAUGGCGGAGCUGGCGCUGUCCAACGUCCUGACGCGGGAGGAGGCGGCCUACAUGCAGGACAUGGCCAAGAACCGCUUUGACCGCAUCAUGCGCGUCCUCAAGGACCUCCCCCGCUCCAUGCUGCUCGUCUUCCGCAACAUCAACACCGUCCGGGGCAUCAACGUGGCCCUGGGGACCCCCGUGGACCGCUACUACCUCAUGGCCAAGAGCGCAGUCCGGUGCUGGAGCCAUACGGUCACCCAAAGGUCCAGAGGCAUCGGCAGCAGCUUCCUCGUCCGCUGGAUCCGGGCCGCCUGGGACGGCUUCCUCUUCGAGUUUACACUCAGGGUCCAAGUGACCUCUGUGAAGCUGACUACCUCUUUCCUGCGUUUCCUGGUGUUUGUCGGCUUCCUGAAAAACACCGAAGAGCAAGACCAGAUCUAUGAGUUUUUGCAGGCCUAAGAAGGAGCUUCCGAGCCUGGACCAACUCUCAACUGCGCCGAUCCAUGAACUGGGAAACACAAUAUUAUUAUUAUUUUUUAAUCAAUAAAGUCCUACCGUAACA